UAUCUGCCAAAUGUAACUAAUACGGCUAUGAUACCUUUACAAGUUACAUCUUCAAUAAAUGUAUCUCCUAUGACACCUCCAGCUACAUCUCGAACUGCGCCAUCAACAAUGCCUUCAAUAACAUUUCCAACUAUGCCACCAUCAACAUCCACUCCAACUAUUCCAAUUACAGCACCAACAAUACCUACUUCAGCGACUUCUCCCACAACCGUACUACCAAACUGUAUCUGCGUUAUGAUAUCUUUAUGUGAUCCUAAUGGAAUAGUCUCCAUCUCCGGAGAGGGUGUAAUAAAUCCGCGGUACGGAUUGUGCCCCGACAACCUGGUCUGCUGCAGGAUACUAGCGAAUAUGACACAGCCAAUGACGAGCUCUUCAACCACGAUUGCCAUAAUAUCACUCUCAUCUGCUACGUUGACCAGAAUAUCAUCAACAAUCACUAUGAUAUCACCUAGUCAGAUGCAACUAUGUUUCAUAUGCGACAAUGUCAUUCUAUGUUUCAUCUGCAUGAUCGUCAUUACGUCCGGCGGUGGUGCCAUGAUAGACCCUAGAGUUUCUCAGAUCUUAUCAGAUGGAAAUAUCUGCACGACGCCAAACAUACCGUCUUGUCUAAACACUUCAUCAGCCGCGCCGAUUACGGAUCUGGGCCAGUUGAAAAAUCCGGGUACAUCACAAGAAUGUUACUGCGUGAAGACCUGGCUGUGUUUUGAAGGAAACGCGAUCAGUCCGGAUGGUCUUGGUAUAAUUGAUUCGAGAUUUACUUUGUGCUCUUCGGCGGACCAAGUAUGCUGUCGAUUAGCAGGGAUCAAUCAUCAGGGUCUUCAAAGCGCCUCCUCGUCCAGUGCUGUUGCGAACGGAUCAUCCAAUCGCCCGGUUUCGCAAAUCACUUGUGGUAUACAAAACAAUAGUUACGCACCAUGUAAGUAUAAGCCACAUAUUUAUAUAGGUACGCAUUAA